CCAAGUACCAAGUGGUAACGUGUAAAGAAGUGGAGGAUGUGGGAGAUGUGGAGGAUGUUUCUCUGCUGACAUAUGCACGCCGCCGCUGCCAGGGGACGGUGACCGCAGUCGGGCUGACAAGCGACACGUUACGACGACGAGAAGAGACAUGUAACUCCUCGCCGUGCCAUGAGGAGACGCUGCUCACGUAACCUGGGCGUGCUCGCCAAGGCCUUCCUGCUGCUCUGGCUGCUGUGGCUGGGUUAUCUCCUGCUGGCGCGCUCCCCCUUCCCGUCCUCGGCGCACGAUGACCACGCCAGGGACCUGGAGCACCAACGUCGGGCGGAAAAGCGGGAGGAUGACGACGACGACGACGGGCGGCUGUUGUCCAAGCCGCUGUACGCCAGGCCGCCCGCCGACCACAACGCCCCCGGGGAGUGGGGCCGGGCGGCACACCUCGACCUCAGUCCGGAGGAAAAGAAGCAGGAGGAGGACAGCGUGGAGCGUUACGCCAUCAACAUCUUUGUCAGCGACAAGAUUUCCCUCCACCGACACAUCAAAGACAACAGGAUGCCUGAAUGCCAAAGAAAGAAGUUCGACUACCGCCGCCUGCCCACCACCUCAGUGGUCAUCGCCUUCUACAACGAGGCCUGGUCCACCUUGCUCAGGACCAUCCACAGUGUCCUGGAGAGCACGCCCGCCAUCCUGCUGAGGGAGAUCAUCCUCAUCGACGACUACAGCGACCGAGGCUACCUGAAAUCCCAGCUUGCGGAGUACAUCAGUAAACUGCAGCGCGUCCGGCUCAUCCGCACCAAAAAGCGCGAGGGCCUGGUCCGGGCCCGUCUCAUCGGCGCCACCUUCGCCACGGGCGACGUACUUACCUUCCUCGACUGCCACUGCGAGUGCGUCCCCGGCUGGGUGGAGCCCCUGCUGGAGAGGAUCGGCGAGAACCCCAGCACCAUCGUGUGCCCCGUCAUCGACACCAUCGACUGGAACACCUUCGAGUUCUACAUGCAGACGGACGAGCCCAUGAUCGGAGGAUUCGACUGGAGGCUCACCUUCCAGUGGCACGCCGUCCCCGAGGUGGAGCGCAAGAGGCGAAAGAUGCGCAUCGACCCCAUCAGGUCCCCAACUAUGGCAGGCGGGCUGUUUGCGGUUAGCAAGGCGUACUUCGAGCACCUAGGCACCUACGACACAGGCAUGGAGGUGUGGGGCGGAGAGAACCUGGAGCUCUCCUUUCGGGUGUGGCAGUGCGGUGGCAGCCUGGAGAUCCACCCCUGCUCUCACGUGGGCCACGUGUUCCCCAAGAAAGCCCCUUACGCCCGGCCCAACUUCCUGCAGAACACAGUGCGAGCAGCCGAGGUCUGGAUGGACACUUACAAGCAGCACUUCUACCACAGGAACCCGCCCGCCAAAAAGGAGACGUACGGCGACAUAUCAGAGCGCCUGCUGCUGAGGGAGAGGCUGAAGUGCAACACCUUCCACUGGUACCUGAAGAACAUCUACCCUGACCUCCACGUUCCUGAGGACAGGGAGGGCUGGCACGGAGCUGUGCGCAGCUCGGGGAUCAACUCUGAAUGUCUGGACUACAACGCCCCGGAUCACAGCCCCACAGGCUCCCACCUCUCUCUGUUCGGUUGUCACGGCCAAGGAGGCAACCAGUAUUUCGAGUACACGUCCCAGAAGGAAAUCCGCUUCAACUCGGUGACCGAGCUGUGCGCCGAGGUGUCGGAGGGACAGUCGUCCGUGGGGAUGCGCCACUGCCCCCGCGACGGCGAAGCCAAGCUGGCCAGCACCGUCUGGGAGUUCCGGGACGACAAGAGCAUCUACCACCCGCACUCCAACACCUGCGUCACCGCCUACCGCAAACCGGACGGCCGCACCGACGUCCAGAUGAAGCCUUGCGACCCGGAGGAUAAAAACCAGCAGUGGAAGUUCGAGUGGUAGAGCGUAAGGGACCUUCUUUCUCGCCGCACGCCCACUUUUUUUAGCGUCCGUCUCUGACCACCAGAAAAGUGCCUGUUAGGGGGGGGCGCACUCCAAACCAGCAGGGGGUGGCCUUUUUAUCUGAGCGCUACCAACACUACCAGCUUCCUGUUUAGGACAGCUGUGACUAAACCCUGAAGGCACCACAUGUUUACUUUCUGCACUACUGCAUUGUUUUUUCAACUCCUUUCAUGAAAACUGCGUACGUAACUUUCACCGCAAAUGUACAAAAAUAAUAAUUUGCACUCUUUUUGACCAAGUUUUUCAGAUAAAGUCUCAAACGUAUGAACUGUGGACUACAUAACACAACCCCGAUUUCACAGAGUAGAAGCAUCCCAUGGCGUAUUUAUUUGUUCCAGCCCGGAUAUCUAGAGCCGUGUUUGUAUGCAAGCAACUGGGAUUAGGGGCGGGUACUUUUAUGGGCACUGGCCGAGUUCCGUGGGUACUACCGGGUAUCGAUUCGCGGAAAAAAUGGAACAAGGUCGUAUUUCCAUACGUUUGUUGCAUGUGACUCAGCCAAACUCCCACUAAAUCAAGUUGCAAUGUUCAACACCAACUAACCAGGUAUGCUUGAUAGAAAACAUUCUUACAAAAUGCGCUAUCUUGAUGCUAAUUUACAUUGGAUUAGCCAUAAACAGGCUACUAUUAGCAUUAGCGAUUUUACAUGGCGAUUUCAACGCCUCCAAAUUCGCUGACAAGAACUACAACUGAGUGUUGCAAUCAAACAGCUGGUUUGUAACAAGCACGAUACUUGCAGAGUAAACACUUUGUAGGGCGCAGCAUAGCGUGUUAGCAUUAGCGAUUUUACAUGGCGAUUUCAACGCCUCCAAAUUCGCUGACGAGAACUACAACUGAGUGUUGCGAUCAAACAGCUGGUUUGUAACAAGCACGAUACUUGCAGAGUAAACACUUUGUAGGGCGCAACAUACCGUGUUAGCAUUAGCGAUUUUACAUGGCGAUUUCAACGCCUCCAAAUUUGCUGACGAGAACUACAACUGAGUGUUGCGAUCAAACAGCUGGUUUGUAACAAGCACGAUACUUGCAGAGUAAACACUUUGUAGGGCGCAACAUACCGUGUUAGCAUUAGCGAUUUUACAUGGCGAGUUCAACGCCUCCAAAUUUGCUGACGAGAACUACAACUGAGUGUUGCGAUCAAACAGCUGGUUUGUAACAAGCACGAUACUUGCAGAGUUAACACUUUGUAGGGCGCAACAUAGCGUGUUAGCAUCAGCGAUUUUACAUGGCGAUUUCAACGCCUCCAAAUUUGCUGACGAGAACUACAACUGAGUGUUGCGAUCAAACAGCUGGUUUGUAACAAGCACGAUACUUGCAGAGUAAACACUUUGUGGGGUGCAGCAUAGCGUGUUAGCAUUAGCAAUUUUACAUGGCGAUUUAAACGGCUCUAAGUUUUCUGAUGAGAACUACAACCAAGAUGUGUUGCAAUCAAACUGCCGUGUAACAAGCAUGAUACUUAUAGUGUAAACACUUUGUAAGGUGCAGCAUAACAUGUUAGCAUUAGCGAUUUUACAUUGCGAUUUCAACACCUCCAAAUUUGCUGAUGGGAGUUACAACUAAGAUGAAUGUUACGAUCAGACAGCAAGUGUGUAACAAGCACGAUACUUGCAAUGUAAACACUUAGUAGGGCGCAACAUAACGUGUUAGCAUUAGCAAUUUUACAUGGCGAUUUCAAAACCUCAAAAUUUGCUGACGAGAACUACAACUGAGUGUUGCAAUCAAACAGCUGGUUUGUAACAAGCACGAUACUUGCAGAGUAAACACUUUGUAGGGCGCAACAUACCGUGUUAGCAUUAGCGAUUUUACAUGGCGAGUUCAACGCCUCCAAAUUUGCUGACGAGAACUACAACUGAGUGUUGCGAUCAAACAGCUGGUUUGUAACAAGCACGAUACUUGCAGAGUUAACACUUUGUAGGGCGCAACCUAGCGUGUUAGCAUUUGCGAUUUUACAUGGCGAUUUCAACGCCUCCAAAUUUGCUGACGAGAACUACAACUGAGUGUUGCGAUCAAACAGCUGGUUUGUAACAAGCACGAUGCUUGCAGAGUAAACACUUUGUAGGGCGCAACAUAGCGUGUUAGCAUUAGCGAUUUUACAUGGCGAUUUCAACGCCUCCAAAUUUGCUGACGAGAACUCCAACUGAGUGUUGCAAUCAAACAGCUGGUUUGUAACAAGCACGAUGCUUGCAGAGUAAAAACUUUGUAGGGCGCAACAUAGCGUGUUAGCAUUAGCGAUUUUACAUGGCGAUUUCAACGCCUCCAAAUUUGCUGACGAGAACUACAACUGAGUGUUGCAAUCAAACAGUUGGUUUGUAACAAGCACGAUACUUGCAGAGUAAACACUUUGUAGGGCGCAACAUACCGUGUUAGCAUUAGCGAUUUUACAUGGCGAGUUCAACGCCUCCAAAUUUGCUGACGAGAACUCCAACUGAGUGUUGCAAUCAAACAGCUGGUUUGUAACAAGCACGAUACUUGCAGAGUAAACACUUUGUAGGGCGCAACACACCGUGUUAGCAUUAGCGAUUUUACAUGGCGAUUUCAACACCUCCAAAUUUGCUGAUGGGGGUUACAACUGAGUGUUGCGAUCAAACAGCUGGUUUGUAACAAGCACGAUACUUGCAGAGUUAACACUUUGUAGGGCGCAACAUAGCGUGUUAGCAUUUGCGAUUUUACAUGGCGAUUUCAACGCCUCCAAAUUUGCUGACGAGAACUACAACUGAGUGUUGCGAUCAAACAGCUGGUUUGUAACAAGCACGAUGCUUGCAGAGUAAACACUUUGUAGGGCACAACAUAGCGUGUUCGCAUUAGCGAUUUUACAUGGCGAUUUCAACGCCUCCAAAUUUGCUGACGAGAACUCCAACUGAGUGUUGCAAUCAAACAGCUGGUUUGUAACAAGCACGAUGCUUGCAGAGUAAAAACUUUGUAGGGCGCAACAUAGCGUGUUAGCAUUAGCGAUUUUACAUGGCGAUUUCAACGCCUCCAAAUUUGCUGACGAGAACUACAACUGAGUGUUGCAAUCAAACAGCUGGUUUGUAACAAGCACGAUACUUGCAGAGUAAACACUUUGUAGGGCGUAACAUACCGUGUUAGCAUUAGCGAUUUUACAUGGCGAGUUCAACGCCUCCAAAUUUGCUGACGAGAACUCCAACUGAGUGUUGCAAUCAAACAGCUGGUUUGUAACAAGCACGAUACUUGCAGAGUAAACACUUUGUAGGGCGCAACAUACCGUGUUAGCAUUAGCGAUUUUACAUGGCGAUUUCAACACCUCCAAAUUUGCUGAUGGGGGUUACAACUGAGUGUUGCGAUCAAACAGCUGGUUUGUAACAAGCACGAUACUUGCAGAGUUAACACUUUGUAGGGCGCAACAUAGCGUGUUAGCAUUAGCGAUUUUACAUGGCGAUUUCAACGCCUCCAAAUUUGCUGACGAGAACUCCAACUGAGUGUUGCAAUCAAACAGCUGGUUUGUAACAAGCACGAUGCUUGCAGAGUAAAAACUUUGUAGGGCGCAACAUAGCGUGUUAGCAUUAGCGAUUUUACAUGGCGAUUUCAACGCCUCCAAAUUUGCUGACGAUAACUACAACUGAGUUUUGCAAUCAAACAGCUGGUUAGUAACAAGCACGAUACUUGCAGGGUAAACACUUUGUAGGGCGCAACAUACCGUGUUAGCAUUAGCGAUUUUACAUGGCGAGUUCAACGCCUCCAAAUUUGCUGACGAGAACUCCAACUGAGUGUUGCAAUCAAACAGCUGGUUUGUAACAAGCACGAUACUUGCAGAGUAAACACUUUGAAGGGCGCAACAUACCGUGUUAGCAUUAGCGAUUUUACAUGGCGAUUUCAACACCUCCAAAUUUGCUGAUGGGGGUUACAACUGAGUGUUGCGAUUAAACAGCUGGUUUGUAACAAGCACGAUACUUGCAGAGUUAACACUUUGUAGGGCGCAACAUAGCGUGUUAGCAUUAGCGAUUUUACAUGGCGAUUUCAACGCCUCCAAAUUUGCUGACGAGAUCUACAACUGAGUGUUGCGAUCGAACAGCUGGUUUGUAACAAGCACGAUACUUGCAGAGUAAACACUUUGUAGGGCGCAACAUAGCGUGUUAACAUUAGCGAUUAUAAAUGGCGAUUUAAACGGCUGUAAGUUUUCUGAUGAGAACUACAACCAAGAUGUGUUGCAAUCAAACUGGUGUGUAACAAGCAUGCUACUUACAGUGUAAACACUUUGUAAGGUGCAACAUAACAUGUUAGCAUUAGCGAUUUUACAUUGUGAUUUCAACACCUCCAAAUUUGCUGAUGGGAGUUACAACUAAGAUGAAUGUUACGAUCAGACAGCAAGUGUGUAACAAACACGAUACUUACAAUGUAAAGACUUUGUAGGGCGCAACAUAACGUGUUAGCAUUAGCAAUUUUACAAGGCGAUUUCAACACCUCCAAAUUUGCUGACGAGAGUUACAACUAAAAUGAGUGUUGCAAUCAAACAGUGGUGUGUAACAAGCACGAUACUUACGGUGUAAACACUUUGUAGGGCGCAACAUAACGUGUUAGCAUUAGCGAUUUUACGCGGCGAUUUCGACACCUCCAAAUUUGCUGACGAGAACUACAACUAAGUGUUGCAAUCAAACAGCUGGUUGGUAACAAGCACGAUACUGACAGAGUAAACACUUUGUAGGGCGCAACAUAGCGUGUUAGCAUUAGCGAUUUUACAUGGCGAUUUCAACGCCUCCAAAUUUGGUGACGAGAACUACAACUGAGUGUUGCAAUCACACAGCUGGUUUGUAACAAACACGAUACUUACAGAGUAAACAUUUUGUAGGGCGCAACAUAUCAUGUUAGCAUUAGCAAUUUUACAUGGCGAUUUCAACGCCUACAAAUUUGCUGAUGAGAACUACAACUGAGUGUUGCAAUCAAACAGCUGGUUUAUAACAAGCACGAUACUUGCAGAGUAAACACUUUGUAGGGCGCAACAUAGCGUGUUAGCAUUAGCGAUUUUACAUGGCGAUUUCAACACCUCCAAAUUUGCUGAUGGGAGUUACAACUAAGAUGAAUGUUACGAUCAGACAGCUGGUGUGUAACAAGCACGAUACUUACGGUGUAAACACUUUGUAGGGCGCAACAUAACGUGUUAGUAUUAGCGAUUUUACGCGGCGAUUUCAACACCUCCAAAUUUGCUGACGAGAGUUAUAACUAAAAUGAGUGUUGCAAUCAAACAGCUGGUGUGUAACAAGCACGAUACUUACAGAGUAAACACCUUGUAGGGUGCAACAUAACGUGUUAGCAUUAGCGAUUUUACAUGGCGAUUUCAACACCUCCAAAUUUGCUGACGACAGUUACAACUAAAAUGAGUGUUGCAAUCAAACAGCUGGUGUGUAACAAGCACGAUACUUACGGUGUAAACACUUUGUAGGGCGCAACAUAAUAUGUUAGUAUUAGCGAUUUUACGCGGCGAUUUCAACACCUCCAAAUUUGCUGACGAGAAUUCCAACUAAGAUGAUUGUUACAAUCAAACAGCUGUUGUGUAACAAGCACGAUACUUACAGUGUAAACACUUUGUAGGGCGCAACAUAACGUGUUAUCAUUAGCGAUUUUACAUGGCAAUUUCAACACCUCCAAAUUUGCUAACGAGAAUUAUACGUAAGAUGAAUGUUACAAUCAAACAGCUGGUGUGUAACAAGCACGAUACUUACAGAGUAAACACCUUGUAGGGUGCAACAUAAUGUGUUAGCAUUAGCGAUUUUACAUGGCUAUUUCAACACCUCCAAAUUUGCUAACGAGAAUUAUACCUAAGAUGAAUGUUACAAUCAAACAGCUGGUGUGUAACAAGCACGAUACUUACAGAGUAAAGACCUUGUAGGGUGCAACAUAACGUGUUAGCAUUAGCGAUUUUACAUGGCGAUUUCAACACCUCCAAAUUUGCUGACGAGAACUACAACUAAGAUGAGUGUUGCAAUCAAACUGGCGUGUAACGAGCACGAUACUUACAGUGUAAACACUUUGUAGGGCGCAACAUAACGUAUUUGCAUGGCGAUUUGAACACUUUCAUAUUUGGUGAGGAGAACUACAACUAAAAUGAAUGUUGCAAUUAAACAGCUGGUGUGUAACAAGCACGAUACUUACAGUGUAAACACAUUGUAGGGCGCAAUAUAACACAUUCAACUUCCUGAAAAAAGGCUCCCUCCUUGUUUACUGACAUCUAAUGUCUUGGAAAUGCAACUGCACAUGUGAUAAUAAAAUAGGGUAUUUAUAAUAGGCUCAUUUUUUAAUAUUAAAAUAAAAAAACAAUUUUAUUAUCAGACAAUUACACAAAAAGGGACUUGGAAUCGGUACCGUAUCGGUUCCAAUGUGAAGGGUACUUAUCCCUGGUUAUGAUGAGGUGGGACCUUAAAGGCCUACUGAAAGCCACUACUAGCGACCACGCAGUCUGAUAGUUUAUAUAUCAAUGAUGAAAUAUUAACAUUGCAACACAUGCCAAUACUGCUUUUUUAGUUUACUAAAUUACCAUUUUAAAUUUCCCGAGAGUUUCGUCUUGGAAACUCCGUCUAAUGAUGACGUGUACGCAGGACGUCACGGGUUUUUAGGAAGUAUGAGCGCUACGCACACACAGCUAAAAGUCGUCUGCUUUAACGGCAUAAUUACACAGUAUUUUUAACAUCUGUGUUGCUGAAUCUUUAGCAAUUUGUUCAAUUAAUAAUGGAGAAGUCACAGUAGAAAGAUGGAGUUGGGAAGCUUUAGCCUUUAGCCACACAAACACACGGUGUUUCCUUGUUUAAAAUUCCCUUAGCUCAUGGGUGUCAAACUCUGGCCUGUGUAAUUUAAUUUGGCCCUUGAGGCAAUAUCAAAUUAACAUUAGAGCUGGCCCGCCGCUGGAUCAUCACAUUCACCACUAAUACUCAACCCUCCCGAUUUUCCCGGGAGACUCCCGAAGUUCAGUGCCCCUCCCGAAUUUCUCCCAAUUUCCACCCGGACAAUAAUAUUGGGGGCGGGCCGUAAAAGCACUGCCUUUGGCGUUCUGUACAUGUCGCCACGUCCGCUUUUCCUCCAUACAAACAGCGUGCCGGCCCACUCACAUAAUAUAUGCGGCUCAUACACACACACAAGUGUAUGCAAGGCAUACUUGCUCAACAGCCAUACAGGUCACACUGAGGGUGGCCGUAUAAACAACUUUAACACUGUUACAAAUAUACGCCACACUGUGAACCCACAGCAAACAAGAAUGACAAACACAUUUCGGGAGAACAUCCGCACCGUAACACAACAUAAACACAACCGAACAAAUACCCAGAAUCCCUUGCAUCACUAACUCUUCCGGGACGCUACAAUAUACACCCCCGCCACCACCAAACCCCGCCACCGAAAAGAGGCAUUCAAUUUGUAUUUGUAUUUUAUUUGAUUUGCCAUUGAUAUUUUUUAAAUAUUAUUAUUUAAAACUCGAUUUUGCAUGUCACUAUAAAGUUAUAUAAGCCUUGCUUGUUCAAUAUUCAAUGCAAAACUUGUUUGGGUCCCUAUUAAAGGAUUAAUUUGUUCAACCUCGGCCCGCGGCUUCGUUCAGUUUUAAAUUUUGGCCCACUCUAUAUUUGAAUUUGACACCCCUGCCUUAGCUGAAACUUUACUAUGGAUCAGAGCGCAGUCAAGAGAACAUGGAUCCUGACUACAUGUCAACCAGCAGGUUCCGGUGAGAAAAUUGUGGUUAAAAAGUCGCCUCUUACCGGAGAAAAGCUGAGCUUGUGCCGUCCAUGAAGCUGCCGUCGACACCCGUCAACACACCCGUGGACACACCCCUCCGACUAUCAGGUACUAUUAAACUCACUAAAACACUAGCAACACAAUAGAAAGAUAAGGGAUUUCCCAGAAUUAUCCUAGUAAAUAUGUUUAAAAACAUCGGAAUACGUCCCAAUGCUAUCGCGUUUUUCUUUUUAACUCGUUUUUUUUUUUUCUAGUCCGUCGCUAUCAAUAUCCUCAAACACGAAUCUUUCAUCCUCGCUCAAAUUAAUGGGGAAAUUGUCGUUUUCUCGGUCCGAAUAACUGUUUUUGUUGGAGGCUCCCAUUAAAAACAAUGUGAAUAUAUGAGGAGCCCUCAAACAUGUGACGACAUCGUCUGCGACUUUCGGUAAAGGCGAGGCUUUUUCAGGAAAUACCAAAAGUGGCAAACUUUAUCGUCCAUUUUCUCUACUAAAUCCUUUCAGCAAAAGUAUGGCAAUAUGGCGAAAUGAUCAAGUAUGACACAUGGAAUGGACCUGCUAUCCCCGUUUAAAUAAGAACAUCUCAUUUCAGUAGGCCUUUAAACUAUUGUUUAUUUUACUCGUUUUUAUUUGACUUUCCCAGCUUUUUCUAAAGGAAGGGGAGUCGUAAACAGCCGUCGCCUUUGGUCACAAAACAGUUCAAAGAAAAGGUGCCUGGAAGGGGGGGGUCAGGUCCUGCUUCCUCUCCGCUUUGUAGAUCUCGGGUCAAGACAAAAUCUUCCUGUGGAUUACAAUACUCCCGUCCAAAAGCAAAACCUAGUAACUCACUUCUAGCUGAUUUUGAGAAAACAAAGGAAAACCAAUCUAUCUUGAUGCUGUCUUACAAAGCUCUACAAAGUCAUCAAACGUACAGAUCAUGGGUGUCAAACUCUGGCCCGUGGGCCAAAUUUGGCCCGCCGUGUAAUUUCAUUUGGCCCUUGAGGUAAUAUCAAAUUAAGAUUAGAGCUGGCCCGCCGGUAUUAUUCAGCGGCGGUGCCUCUGUAACACCGCAUUCACCGCUGAUUUUCCCGGGAGACUCCCGAAGUUCAGUGCUCGCUCCCAAUCAAAAGGGACUGGGUUCAAAUCCCAGUCAGAUCAAUCGGUAACUAGGAAAGCUUUUAUAUCAUAGUUUGCUGAGACAGGUUCUCAAUUAAAAAUUUCAUUGGGCCUGAAAUUUCCCUUUAAGAAGACCAAGGAUGGCUGAGUGGUCAAAACAGGUUUCUCCCAAUCAAAGAAGACUGGGUUUAAAUCCUAGUCAGGUUGAUCGGUAACUAGGAAAGAUCCAGUGGGAGGAGUUAAAGUUCACCCGGACAACAAUAUUGGGGGUGUGUCUUGAAGGCACUGCCUUUAGCGUCCUCUACAGCCUACCGUCACGUCCGCUUUUCCGCCAUACAAACAACGUGCCAGCACAGUUACAUAAUACAUGCGGCUUUAACACACACAAGCGAAUGCAACGCACACUUGGUCAACAGCCAUACAGGUCACACUGAGGGUGGCCGUAUAAACAACUUUAACACCGUUACAAAUAUGCGCCACACUGUGAACCCACACCAAACAAGCAUGACAAACACAUUCUGGGAGAACAUCCGCACCGUAACAGAACAUAAACACAACAGAAGAAAUACCCAGAACCCCUUGCAGCACUAACACUUCCAGGACGCUACAUUAUACACCCCCGCUACCACCAAACUCCAACCCCCCCCCCAUUUUUUAUUUACAUUUUAUUUGAUAUGCCAUUGAUAUUUUUAAAUUAUUAUUAUUAUAAUUCUAAUAAUAAUUAAAAAAAGAUAAUAAUAAAAAAAAAAAUUAAAUAAAUUUUAUUUAGUAGAGAAAAUUGACGAUAAAGUUCGCCACUUUUGGUAUUUCCUGAAUUUUUUUUUUUUUUAAUUAUUAUUAUCAUAAUUCGGGCUUCACGGUGGCAGAGGGGUUAGAGCGUCUGCCUCACAAUACGAAGGUCCUGCAGUCCUGGGUUCAAAUCCAGGCUCGGGAUCUUUCUGUGUGGAGUUUGCAUGUUCUCCCCGUGAAUGCGUGGGUUCCCUCCGGGUACUCCGGCUUCCUCCCACCUCCAAAGACAUGCACCUGGGGAUAGGUUGAUUGGCAACACUAAAUUGGCCCUAGUGUGUGAAUGUGAGUGUGAAUGUUGUCUGUCUAUCUGUGUUGGCCCCGCGAUGAGGUGGCGACUUGUCCAGGGUGUACCCCGCCUUCCGCCCGAUUGUAGCUGAGAUAGGCGCCAGCGACCCCAAAAGGGAAUAAGCGGUAGAAAAUGGAUGGAUGGAUUAUUAUAAUUCGAAACUCUACUUUGCCUGUCACUAUAAAGUUAUAUAAGCCUUGCUUGUUCAAUAUUCAAUGCAAAACUUGUUUGGGUCCCUAUUAAAAGGUUAAUUUGUUCAACCUUGGCCCGUGUGGGUUUGUUCAGUUUUAAAUUUUGGCCUACUCUGUAUUUGAGUUUGACACCCCUGGUAGAGAUGUUUUCUUGAGCUUUCAUUUUCUUUCCGAUUGAGCCAUGGAUUGAAUCUGCUCUCAUGAACGUGUGCCCUUUCUCCAGAUAUUUUAUCGCAAUCUCGGGUGGGCCCCAUUCUGCGUUUGCAAAUUGGGCAAGAGCCGUGUACACCGUGCAGUUUUUAUUUUGACCUCCACAGUUAUCUGCCCAAAAGAGUAUGCAAGGGGAAGAAUCAAGAACAAUACAUUUAAUGAAGGUGCUUGCAACGUCCUGGGCCAAUCUUCCAAAUAUCCCCUCGUGCCAUAAUAUCACAUAAUCAGCUUGACCGUCGGCCCGCAUUCGUGCAAAUGUCUCAUUAAAGACAAUAAGGCGACUGACAAAGAAGCUCCGAUUGGUCCCUUGAGAUACUAGGUUUUUCUGUUGUAUCUACGCGGUUAUGUGGUAGUUGCUAGGUCCUGCCAUGCGCGGAACAGCUUACUUACGGAAAAAAUUACAAUAUCGCAUACACUAAUGUAAAGCAUAUCACCUAGGAACUCCAAAAUUAUCAGCCCAAUUUCAAAAUUAUUAUCAGCUCAGUUUUCACCAAAAUUGAGUUACUGGGUUUUGCCUUUGGACGGGAGAAUAGCGCAAAGAAAGCGACGACCUUCAUGUCGCUUCCCACCCUACAGAGUGGAGUUUUACAAGCAUUUUGAUUGGUAAGAUCAAAGACAGCUUUUGUCUGCUCGCCGGGAACUCGUUGAAACACAAAGUUUUGUGAUAACUUAGAUACAAUUAUUCUGACAGAAACGCCAAGGACGGUUUUACUUCGGUUAAAGAUGGCGCCGUAGCACAAACAAUAACACACCUUUUCAGUGUCUCUGCUCCAAAGACAUGCACCUGGGGCUAGGUGGAUUGGCAACACUAAAUGGGCACCAGUGUGUGAAUGUUGUCUAUCUGUGUUGGCCCUGUGAUGAGGCCUUCCGCCCGAAUGCAGCUGGUAUAGGCUCCAGCACCCCCCGCAACCCCAGAAGGGACAAGCGGUAGGAAGUGGAUGGAUGGAUGCUUGGGUGAAUGAACACCAUUGAACACAAAACAUUAUGGCCGUCAGCGGGAAAAAAAAUCCAUAAUUUGGCCACACCAUUUUAUAAUUCGCAGGGUUCAAAGUUUAGGGAAAAAGUAGCGGCUUUUAGUCCGGAAUUUACAUUGUGUGCCUUGUUACCACAAUUUGCAAAGGAAACUGUUUUCGAUUAUUAUAUUUUUUACUCACAUUAUUGGAUUACUUGCUUUGAAGUCCUAAAUCAUACAUUGCAUGAUCAGACAUUGUCAGAGUUUAGAACAAACAACUAAUAUGUUUAGCCUUGCACAGGCCACAUACACCUUGUGGCGGGCCACAAUUAAAUUAUUUGGCUGACGACCUUAAAGGAUGUCGUGGGUCACGUUAAACGAUACAGCGAAUUACUUUAGUCGAUGUAGUGGGCCACGUUAACCCGACAGCAAAUCACCUUAAUUGAUGUCGUGGGCCACAUAAACGAUGUGGUGAACCACAAUAAUUGAUGUAGCGAACCACAUUAAUUGAUGUUGGGGGCCACAUAAAACGAUGCAACAUAUCACCUUAAUCCAUGUAGCAGGCCUCUAUAAAUAAUGUGGCGAACCACCUUAAACCAUGUUAAACGUUGUGGCAGGCCACCUUACAGGACGUAGCGGGUCACCUUAAAUGUCGUGGGUCACGUUAACGAUUCCAGAAAUCACCUUAAUCGAUGUAGUGGGCCACACAAAAGACGUGGCUAACCCUUUUAAUUAAUGUAGCGAACCGCCUUAAUCCAUGUGGCAGGACACCUUAAACGACAUGCAAACCGCUUUAAUUGAUGUAGCGAACCACCAUUGAUGUGGUGGGCCACAUAAACGAUGCAACAUAUCACCUUAAUCAAUGUCGCAGGCCACAUUAAACAAUGUGGCGAACCACUUUAAACUACUGUAAACGUUGUGGCAGUCCACCUUACAGAAUGUAGCGGGCCACAUUAAAUGUUGUGGUGGGCCACUUUAAAAGAUGCAGCGAACCACCUUAAUUGAUGUGGUGGGUCACUUAAACAAUGUGGCUAACCAUCUUAAUUGAUGUAGCUACCGCAUUAUUAAUGUAGCAAACCCCGUUAAUUGAUGUAACGAACCACAUUAAUUGAUGUGGUGGGCCCCAUUAAACGAUGCUACAUAUCACCUUAAUCGAUGUAGCAGGCCACGUUAAACAAUGUGACGAACCACCAUAAACCACGGUAAACGUUGUGGCAGGCCACCUUACAGGACGUAGCGGGCUACAUUAAAUGUUGUGGUGGGCCAACUUAAACGAUGCAGCAAAUCACCUUAAUUGAUGUGGUGGGUUAUUCAAACGACGUGGCUAACCGCAUUAAUCGAUGUAGAGAACCGCCUUAAUGGAUGCGGCGGGACACCUUAAACGACGUGACCACAUGAAUUGAUGUAGAUGUCCACAUUAAAACGAUGCAGCAUACGACCUUAAUCAAUGUAACAGGCCACAUUAAUAAUGUGGCGAACCGCCUUAAUUGAUGUAGCGAAUUGAUUUGGUGGGCCACAUUAAACGAUGCAACAUAUCAACUUAAUCGGUGUAACAGGCCACAUUAAACAAUGUGGCUAACCAUCUUAAUUGAUGUGGUGGACCACGUUAAACGAUGUGGCUAAUAAUCUUAAUUGAUGUAGCGAACUGCCUUAACGAUGUAGCAAACCACCUUAAUUGACGUGGUUGACCACGUUAAACGAUGCAACAUAUCACCUUAAUCGAUGUAGCAGGCCACUAUAAACAAUGUGGCGAACCACAUUAAUUGAAGUGGUGGGCCACUUUAAUGAUGUGGCUAACAAUCUUAAUUGAUGUAGCGAACAGCCUUAAUUUAUGUAGCCAACCACGUUCAUUGAUGUGGUGGGCCACAUUAAAUGAUGCAACAUAUCACCUUAAUCGAUGUAGCAGGCCACUUAAACAAUGUGGCUAACCAUAUUAAUUGAUGUGGUGGGCCACGAUAAAUGAUGUGGCUAACAAUUUUAAUUGAUGUAGCGAACAGCCUUAAUUGAUGUAGCGAACCACAUUAACUGAUGUGGUGGGCCACAUUAAACGAUGUGGCUAAUAAUCUUAAUUAAUGUAGCGAACCGCCUUAACCGAUGUAGCAAAUCACCUUAAUUGAUGUGGUUGGCCACAUUAAACGAUGCAACAUAUCACCUUAAUCGAUGUAGCACGCCAGAAUAAACAAUGUUGCGAACCACAUUACACAAUGUGGCGAACCACAUUAAUUGAAGUGGUGGGCCACUUUAAUGAUGUGGCUAACGAUCUUAAUUGAUGUAGCGAACAGCCUUAAUUGAUGUAGCCAACCACAUUAAUUGAUGUGGUGGGCCACAUUAAACGAUGCAACAUAUCACCUUAAUCGAUGUAGCAGGCCACAGUAAACAAUGUGGCGAACCACAUUAAUUGAAAUGGUGGGCCACUUUAAUGAUGUGGCUUACAAUCUUAAUUGAUGUAGCAAACAGCCUUAAUUGAUGUAGCCAACCACGUUAAUUGACGUGGUGGGCCACAUUAAACGAUGCAACAUAUCACCUUACUCGAUGUAGCAGGCCACAUUAAACAAUGUGGCUAACCAUCUUAAUUGAUGCAGCAAACCGCAUUAAUUGAUGCAGCAAACCGCUGUAAUUGAUGCGGCGGGACACCUUAAACGACGUGGCGAACCACAUUAAUUGAUGUAGUGGGCCACGUUAAGCGAUGCAGCAUACCACCUUAAUCAAUGUAGCAGGCCACAAUAAUUGAUGUCGCUAACUUCCUUAAUUGAAACGACGGGCAAGGUUAAACGAUGCAGCAUACCACCUCAAUCAAUGUAGCAGGCCCCCUUGAAUGAUUUGGCGAACCACAUUAAUCGAUGUGGCGGGCCAAAUAAAAACAAUGCAGCACACCACUUUAAUGGAUGUAGCAGGCCACUUUAAACAAUUUAGCUAACCCCCUUAAUCGGUGUAGCGAACCGCCUUAAUUGACACCUGCGCCUUAGCCAAUCUGCAUAUUCAUGAAGUAAUUAGCAUGCCCGUGUAUGGCUGGUUUUGGGAGGACCCCAGGACGGAGAAGAGAGCUAGGAAAUGUGCGCAGCAUGCUUUGAUAAAUCACUUUUUUUUUUUAUGCAAGGUUUUACGUCGGAAUCCACGCACACUUUUUACUUUUUGUUUUACAUUUUGUUGCCUCCAAACUGUCACAAGUUUGUUGUCCAGUGGGCUGGUGUCUGGUGGCAGGAAGGUGCAGCUCUGCAAAAUCGGUGGGACCCCAAGCAGCUGCUUCCUAACAUCCUGUGAGAGGAAAAACCACAGGAAGUGUCCAAAAAGUGUCCUUUGCUCGUAAGACGGGCCCAGGGGUCCUUUUUUUUUUUUUUUUUUAAUCCAUGUGAAACGUUGUAUACUUUUUAAAUCACUCUCCAAUUUCAUUUGAUGCAUGUUGUGUACAAAAACACAUUCAAGGGAAACAAAUAGUUUGAUCAUUUAUUUUUUUUAGUGCAAAAAAACAACAAAUGCAUCAUAAUAAAAGCGGAGGGUUAAAGGCCUACUGAAAUAAGAUGUUCUUAUUUAAACGGGGAUAGCAGGUCCAUUCUGUGUGUCAUACUUGAUCAUUUCGCGAUAUUGCCAUAUUUUUGCUGAAAGGAUUUAGUAGAGAACAUCGACCAUAAAGUUCACAACUUUUGGUCGCUAAUAAAGAAGCCUUGCCUGUACCGGAAGUAGCAGACGAUGUGCGCGUGACAUCACGGGUUGUGGAGCUCCUCACAUCUGAACAUUGUUUAUAAUGUGACCCUCCAGCAGCAAGAGCAAUUCGGACAGAGAAAGCGACAAUUUCCCCAUUAAUUUGAGCUAGUAUGAAAGAUUCGUGGAUGAGGAAAGUUAGAGUGGGGCACUAAAAAAAAAAAAAAAAAAAAAAAGCGACGGCUCCGGGCGGCGGCAGUGGUAGCGUUACAGAUGUAAUUAGACAUAUUUACUAGGAUAAUUCUGGAAAAUCCCUUAUUUGCUUAUUGUUUUAAUAGUGUUUUAGUGAGAUUGUAAAGUCAUACCUGAAAGUCGGAUGGCUGCGGUGAACGUCAUUGUCUCAGAGAGCAGCCAUUGGAGGAACCAAGAUCACAGAUGCCUUUUUGACAGCUGCAGGAGGAGGUCGCAUCAUCCACCGAAGUCUCUGGUAGGAGCUGACUUAAUAUCACAAUUUUCCCAUCCAAAAAACUUGCUGGUUGACGUAGAGAAACAUGUUUGUUAAAGCUUCACAACAAACAACGAAACACAGGCUGUGUCUCGGUUGCUAAAGGCAGCUGCAACCCACCGCUUUCCACCAACAGCAUUCUUCUUUGACGUCUCCAUUAUUAAUUGAACAAAUCGCAAAAUGAUUCAGCAACACAGAUGUCCAAAUUACUGUGUAAUUAUGCGAUGAAAAGAGACGACUUUUAGCCGUGUGUGGUGCUGGGCUAAUAUGUCCCCUCCAACCCGAGACGUCACGCGCACGCGUCAUCAUACGUGUCAUCAUUCCGCGACGUUUUCAAUUAGAAACUCCGCAGGAAAUUUAAAAUUGCAAUUUAGUAAACUAAAGCGGCCAUAUUGGCAUGUGUUGCAAUGUUAAUAUUUCAUCAUUGAUAUAUAAACUAUCAGACUGCGUGGUCGCUAGUUGUGGCUUUCAUUAGGCCUUUAAAGCCCUUUAAGACCUGCAUGCCAUUAUAUUCUUAGCAGUGACAGAGCAGGAAGGGGCUUGGAUCAUUUUCUAAUAAAGCUUCUUCUCAUUUAAUAAAGGACAUUUUACGUCCAACAAAAGAUUUAUCUUAGUAAAAACAAAGAAUUAAUAAAAGUAGUGGAAUUAAAUUAUUAAUUUAUGAAUUAACAAUGGAGUUUAAUUGAUGUUUUUAUUAUAAAAUGCUUUUUGUCAUUUUUUUCAGAGAAUGUCAUUUUUUGCGUUUGAAUUUUCUGAACUGAAUCAACUCCAGCUGACAAUUUUUAUUAAAUAAAAAUGUGUGUUUCAAAACUCAA